AUUUGCGCUUUGUUCUUAAUAGGAAACAGUACGAACUGAUGUCGAGUACUUUAUACUAUUUAUUUGCGAAAAAGUGUACAUUUGCAAGAUAUAUCCCCUCUUCCUAAAGAAUCUGUUACAUCGAAAUGUCAUCAGUGAUUUCGUUCCUGUCGUGGACGGCCACUAUCGCAACAGUUGGAUUUUUCAUCUCAGGCGUGUGAGUAAAUUAUGUGCGACUCUGCCCUUAAACUUCUUAUUGUAAUAUUCCUCAUGAACUUUCUUUUCCCAAGCUAAAGGGAUGGGAAACAAUACGUCUGUAGAACUACAUAAAUUUUACCUAACUGAGACUAAAAUUAUCUAUGGUGGUGCAACGAUUUUGUUCAAAUAAGAGGCAAGAUUUCCGUAUGACCCCAAUACGUUAACAUUUACGUAUGCAUACAGCUCAUGGAUGAAAGAAAACACAGGCAAAGUAAUAGAUUCCUUAAAAGACAAUGUUUUUGUCUUGGAAAAGUAUGAUGUUAUAUGGAAAUCUUCCCGAAAUGUGAGCACACGCAUACACUGAAGUGAAGAGAAAGGAUUCAGAACACGUAGCUCGAUAACUUCUAAUCAUUAAUUGCCAGCAAAAGUAAAUCUUUGGUAUAAAUAUUGGUAUAUGAGGCAAGGAUUUCCAUUUCUUGUCAACUUUAUGUUCCUUUAUGUUCCACAAACUUUUCAUAUCUGAUUGUACACUUCAAGAUGAAACUUUUCCUGACAUUAGACUCUAGUUGUUGCUUGGGGGGGCUUGUAUUUUUAGUUCUUUGAUUGGGUAAUUGAUUUUUUAAUGGCACUGUUGCUGAGAGAACAAUUUUCUUGUCCUGAUAUUCAAUUGAUUGGGUGGCAAUCAUUUGCAUAAUUUGAUAAAUGUGAUUACUUUAUAAAUAUGUAGUAGGCCAGCCUAGUGAGAACAUCAGUGAAGGGAUAAACUUAGGUUAGUUUCUGGAGAAACUAUAGGGGGUAUUAUGGGAAAAUUUGGUUUCAACAACUGAGUUGAUGAUGUGAAUUAGCCACUGAGAAGAAUUUCCCGAGCCCUUCAUCAACUCAUUUGAUAACACCAAUCUAUCUUGGUUGAGAACAUAGCAUUAAACUAAUGCUACGAUACAACUUCAAUUCAUGUUUUUAAAUCAUGUUUGUAGUUUUAACUGUAUAAUAAAGUUUUAUUUUUACCAGCCUUUAAUACAGAAAUAAAAAGUGUACAGCCAUAAUUCAUGUCAUUUUGGCCUUUUGGACAGGUUGACAUGUCAGAAAAUAGUCCAGAAUGGAAGCACUGAUAAUGUGCCUCUCCUGCCAUUUGUCACAACAUUUCUUAAGUAAGUAAUUUCUGCUUUGUGGUCAGUAAUGAGCAAUUUACUCGAUAUGCUGGUUUUGCUUAAAAGCCUGUCCAGAUAAGUAGACCUUGUGGCAUAAAUUUUGCCUCCCUUGUUCAUCAGAAAUUUCAGUCAGCUUGUUACCAAAGAUAAGAUUUAAGUCUGUUUGCUGUAAACAGGGUGUGAAAUUAAUUUUUUUUUCUGAUAGUCACUUGGCUCCUAAAUUCUUCAAAGUGGUAGCCAAUUCAAAAAAAGUUGGUCGCCAUUUUCAAAGACAAACAAAAGCUUUUUUUUAUGCUGUCAUCGUUCUAGAAAUUAAGUUAGAAAAAGAUCUUUAACUUGCUACAAAGUGGACACUAGGAUGGAUGAUAUGCAAUGUUCAAGCUCACCUAAAUCCAAGAUGGCGUCUAGUUAUCGAUCGAGAUGCAUGUGCUGCAUUUUGGAAACAAACCUAAUGUGGAAAUUUGCUGCGGAUUUAUCUUUGCAAAUCUUUUUAAUUCACUAUAUCUCUAGGUAAGGUCAUGAUGAAACAUUCUAGUUGCCAAUUUGGCAACUAACUUUCAGGAUUUGGUCGCCAAAGUGAAAAAUUUAGUUGCAUUGGCACCUGUAUUAGGUGCAAUUUCACGCCCUGUGUGAAGUAGAGGAAGCCUUUCAAAGUUUCAUCCUUGGAACUUAAUUGAGAGUGGAAAAUUUCCAUAGCUCAGUUACAAAGAUAUUGUCAACAAUUUAGUUCAUUCUGGAUACAGUAGAAUGUACAUUAUUUAACCUUUUAACUCCCAAGAUCUCAUUAUUAAUUCUCCUUACCAUUUGCUAAAUGAUUCUCAUUGUGUUAGUUUGGAGAAUUUGGCAUCGGAUCAAUUGGUAAUCUCAUAAUUGAUAUUUUUCUCUAUUCUCAUCACUUGUCUGCAUGAUACUGUAGAGUUAUAGUAAGGAGAAAUUCUGUCUUGGUCACUCACGGGAGUUAAAAGGUUAAUUUUACAAUGUAUUGUAAAAUGUUUGCUUAGCCAAGAUGUAUUGCUAUUUCCUUUGUGUACAGCUGUAUGAUGUGGGCAAGCUAUGGUAUUCUUAAGAAUGAUUCUGCACUAAUUCCAGUCAAUUUAAGUGGAAUGAUGUUACAAGUACUUUACAUUUUGUGUUUCCUUUACUACUGUAAACAGAAGGUAAGGUCAUUGAUAAUAAAUCCACACACACCAAUCUAAGUGAGGUCUCAAGUAGAGUUUGUAUUUCUUCUUCAUAGAUCAUUUGCUUGUUUUUUUAUUUGUUUGACUGUCUUAAUCCUAUCAAUUAGAUAGAUACAAACUAUAAUAUGUGCUGAUAUUUUGUGAGUUGCAUUGUAUUUUCCAACCUGCAUAAGGACAAGGAAAAAAUAUGAGCAAUUAGUUAACCAUUUGCUUGUAUGAUAUGUUAAACCAUUUAAAUGUAAAAACAGAAGUUGGGAUCUUUUAGUGUGGUCUUUUAAUUGUUCUGUUUUCUGUUGGUUUUUUUUGCCCUGUUCUAAAGAGUAGUAUUAAGUAGCAUUAAUUUUGCUUGAAUGUUCCAAUGCCCUAGUAUCAAAUGAUAAAAUGGCAUAUACAGGACUUAAAAAGCAGGAUAAAUUUACAUUAAGUAAUACUUUAAACGAAUUAUUUUGGGCUUACCAUUUUAUAGAUGGACCCUUGCUGCAGACCGAAAAAGUUUUUAAGGAAAGGGGGUACUGUAAACUGUUCAUCACUCAGUAUACCAAAUCUUAUGGAGUUCUCUUCUACCUAAGGGAAAAGAACUCAAGAUCAUUUUAUAUGCUGCACUUGUAUCACUGGCAUUAUACUUUUACAUAAUGCAAUAUAUUACAGAGGAAACCCAGCGGGUUGCACAUCUUGGAUUUGCAUGCAUCAUCUUUACUGUUACAAUGCAAGCCUCACCAUUAGCAGCAGUGGUAAGCAAAAUGUACUUGAUUAUCAUGUUUUAAUAUGUGUCUCAGCCAGAGUUCCCAGUAACCAUGAGAUGUUAUUUGUAGAAGUCUGCUGGAACAAGUUCAGCUUUCAAGCUGAUCAAAAUGUCUUAUAAAAUGAACUCACAUUACAUUAAAUAAACAGCAAGCACCAAAAUGUACAAAAUUUUGUAAUAAGAAUAAGCAAUUUUGGUAUUUGAUUUUCCCUGCCAUGGGCCAAUUGGGAUUGUAUGGGCAUUGACUACCUGUAGGAGUUUGUCAAGGGUCAAGGGUAAAUGGUCGGGGGUCAAAAAGUUAUUUUAAAUUAUCAGGAAAAUUAUUUAUGAAUGUCUCACAACUCAUUCAAAUCAAAUUUCACUGACUCAUGCUUUCAUGACUUUCUAGUACAUGCUUUUGCCAUGUUUUUGCCAUAUUUGUGUCUGUGACUGUAACCCAUGUUGUCUUAAACUUUUUCAUUACCAUCAUCUGUCUGUUAUACUGAUCACUGCUUUCUUCUUUUGUGGAUUUCUUUGGACAUAGUUUUUCCAUUCAAACUCAAAUUACAGCAGAAAAAAAUGUAAACACUAAGGAUGCUGUUUUGUCAACAGCUGGUGACACAUGUAUGAUUUGUAUGAAAGUAUUGUUUUAUAUCUCAAUUAAACUAUGAAAUGAUGAUAUUCAAGUGAUGCAGCUUGUCACCCAUGCUGUGCAUUUGGAGAAAUCAAAUGUUUUAGAGAAAGAAAUCUUGAUUGCAAAAUUCUUUGAAAAAAAGAAAAUUAAAAGGAAAUUAGAAUAAAUACUAUUUAAUAUAUUCACUGCAAUGGUUAUCCCAUUUCUCCUGCAGGCUAAAGUUGUAAGGACCAAAAGUACAGAGUCCAUGCAAUUUAUAUUCUCAUUUAUGAUGGUUCUGGUGUCUUUUCUUUGGCUCUGUUAUGGGAUUGCUGUGGACGACAUCAACAUUAAGGUGCAAAUGAAGUCUUAAUUUUAUAUUUGUAUGAGUUAUUGGGAUCGACAUCAGUAUCUGAACAACUGCACACCUACCCCUCCCCUAACCCAACAUUAACCUUAAUGUGAUAUUGGUUGACUGUGGUUUGGUUAGGGGAGGGGUAGGUGUGCAGUUGCUCAGAUACUGACAUUGAUCCAUUUAUUGUAAUUGGUGUUGUUAUUAUGCUAAAAAAAAGCACGAUAUGACCACUGGAUUAUUUGCUGUAAAUCCCCCUGGAUGGGUUACCCAGGGGUCUUUCAUGUGUGAACCUCACCACCACCCUUCCCUCUCCCAGUAUUUAAAUAAUCAGGUUUCCACAAUGUAGCACUUCAUGUUAAUCAGCUUUUAAAUUGAAAUAACAAAGUUUGGCAUGGUGACAGAGAAGAUGAAGGGUGAAGACAAUAUUGUACAAAAGUUUUUGAUGCAGCUCAUUGUUUUCUGCCUGACUUAACAGGCCUUCAAGCUGGUUCACAAGUGUACAUUAUAAAUUUGUUUAUUUUUUUUUAUUUUUCUUCUUGGUUGGCAGGUCCCAAAUGCAAGUGGAGUAAUAUUGGGUCUCAUUCAAUUGAGUUUGUUCUGUAUUUAUCCUUCCAAACCUCCUAGACAGCAGUGACUUUGUAAUAAUUUAUUUAUGUUUGUGAAACUGUUGCCUGAAGUCGUCAAUUCUUGUCUUUCAAGUCUUGACGUAAAAUAGGUCAUUUUUUAAGCGUGAUGUUUCAGCAGGGAGUCCAAAUACUGAGGGUCAGUCGGUGGGAAUUCUAUAUGACAUCGUGUUAUUUCGCGAUAUUUCGCGUUUCAACUCCGUUGAUUAACAAAAAUAAAGUACGAUGUAUUCUGCCAUUCGUUUUGGUAAAAAUACACAAUCAUCAGUGGUUUUUUGGCAGUUUCCCAAGUGUCUCAAACUUAAUUUACGAAUGAACGACUGUUUUAUUUAUGAUGUCUGGUCAAAGCACGCCUGUGUACUAAGGCCUAGUUCAAACGUCGAUCUUUACAUGCACCGAACCUAACGUUUCUAUUAAGUACAUGUAAAGAUCGACGUUUGAAUCAAUUAGGAUCGGUAGAUUUGUAUUCGGAUCGACAGUGCCGUUCUAUCCGACUCGGCUAGUCGGAUAGAACGGUAAAAGAUCGGCAUUGAUUCAUACGUCGUACUUUACAUGUACCGAACUUAAUGCAUACAUUAUACAUACGUUAAAAUAAUUAUGUUUUACCCACAAUUCAAGAAAGUUCGCUUACGUGCCAUGCGCGAAAGCCUGCGAACCAUUCAAACAAUAUGGCGGGAAAGGAGGAAGGCUAGUGCUCCUCUUGUUUUAUAACCACAAAAUAUACCUGUCUUACGUGUAAGACACGAACGAACUGGACGAGGAACUGUGAUGUUCCUUUGGGAAAUAAGCAAUAAUAGAAGGCAAGCCAAAUUCAAAACUCGUCUUCUCCUGGCAGCAAGGUUGUUUAAUGCUAACUGCAUCUUGAGUCGCCUUUUUCUACCCUCCUUAAUCGCAUUUGCAAGAAAAACAAGCUCUUCAUUUCCACAAGUUGUGCUUUCCGCAUUUUUUUCCGCCAUUUUGGUAGGCAUUAACCGCUGACUACAAUGGAGUUAUGUUCAGUUUUGCAAUUAGGAUCGACUAAAUUCGGAUCGACGUUUGAAUCAACUGCCGCUCUUAAUUAUUCGAGUCGACCCAAAUUGCAAUUAGGUUCGGUACAUGUAAAGAUCGACGUUUGAACUAGGCCUAAGACUAAUUGUUGACCCUGUCGUUUACACAAAACGUUAUUGCUUUCUGAGUAUUUUGAUAACAUUGACUUCGAGAAGGCAUUUGACACACUGAAUUUUGAUUUUUCAAUAAGACCUUGGCAUUAAUUAAACUUUGUUCCUUCUUUCAUACAUAACAUUCGAGCGCUGUUACUAAAGUAUAAAAAUGUAUCAUGUGAAGUUAUGAAUGAUGGAUUUGCUACUGCCGGGGUGCUUUUCUCUAGAAAGAAGCGUCAGACACGGUGACCGCUUUUCUCUGUAUUUAUUUAUUACUGUUGUCGACAUUUUGGCUGUAAAAAGGAAAUGGAGAAUGUAGGUAGUAGUAUUCAGGCUUUUAAAAUCGAGCACGAAACACUCAAACUAUUUUCAUUUACGGAUGACAUUUUCUAAAAGAUAAAUCUUCCUACACUAGUUUUAAAGCUAAUCACGAGAAAAGAAAAAAAAAAUUUUCGGAAACGGUACUUUAUAGAUUGUAGAUAUUCCAAAACACAAUACUUGCGUCACCAUUAAAAGUUUGGGGGUGUAGUUUUAGCUAUGAUAACAAAGGGAAGCCUUUAUAUUUAGACGAACGUAAAAGGAUAUUAAAAGAUAAAUACAAGGAAAUGGGUCGGACUUUCAUUAGUAGGAAGAAUAGUUAAAACAUUUACUAUCCCUUAAUUAUGUUCUAAAGAGCAACACGAAUGAAACAUAGCCUAGUUUGAAUUACAAUCGUAUGUAGAUAAGCCUCUCUUACUCUGAGUCAGAUUCGACUGUCACACAAGGAGUAAAGGGGAUAUGUUUCUUAAGAAACUGUAAUGCUGCGUCGCUGGGUAAGUUUAACAAGGUAAUUUGAUAUCAACUGAGUUCAUAGCGUAAAUUGGCCAAUGUGAAGAGUUUCAAAGCUGAAUUUUCGAGUGUUAGCUCUUCGUCCUAGCGAAUUGAGGAAUUGUAGGUUUUGUGUGUGUGUUUAUAUGCAGAAAAUGGAGCUAUCCUAUUGGUGGGAGUAUGGUAAAAAGAAAAACAAGAAAAACAAGAAUAAAUUAGUUGUAUGAAAAGUUUUUGUUGAUACCGUAGGGAUUAAAAGUGCCG